AUGGGGCCAGAACUGGUAAUCGCAGGGUGGUUUGCAUCUGCUGCAAUAAGUCAGCUGCUUGGCUUGGCCAUCUCCUACAUAAAGGAGCGGCCUGUGUGGCUGAGCAUGAAGAAACAAUUGAAGAAGCUACGUGCCGCCCUUCAACGGAUCCAAGCAGUGGUGGAGAGGGUCGAGAAGUUGCAGGUCAUCAAUGGCCGUAACCCGGCAGAGGAAGCGUGGCUGUGGCAGCUGAAAAAUGCUGUGGACGAGGCCAGUGACGUGCUGGAUGAGUUGGAAUACUACAAGCUCAAGGAAAAAGUGGAGAGUCGAGGAGAAAAGGUGCGUCCCACUGCCUCUGAUCGCACUAAGAAAAUUAUCAGGUGUACCGCUUUUGCCUUUAAACAAGGUAGGCAUCUAAAGAAGAAGUUGAACAGAGCUGUCAAAAAUCUAGAUCAUGUUGCUGAUUCUGCUGGAGAUUUCCUUAAACUUCAUGAUCUGUCAAACGAACAUGGAGCAAGGAGGCAGCAGAUUGUACCUCCCGAGAGUGGCUGCUUGGUGACUGAAGACAAGGUGUUUGGGCGAGAAAAAGAGAUGGCAAAGAUAGUUGGGUGGUUGAAGAUGCCUGAAAGCUGUGAGCAUGGGUCCAAUGUUAAGAAUGUCACAGUUCUCCCAAUAGUUGGUGCGGCUGGGAUGGGAAAGACUACUCUAGCACAACAUGUCUACAGGGAAGGCAAAGGGAGUUUUGACCUCAGCAUGUGGGUCUGUGUUUCCAAUAAUUUUGAUGCGGCUGGCAUAAUGAAAAAGAUCGUUCGGGCUGCAACCAGAACAAACCCUCAAGCUGAAGAACUGAGUACACUUCAAGAGAUUCUUACAAAGAAGCUAGAGUCCAGUAAGUUUCUGUUAGUCUUGGAUGACGUGUGGAAUGAUGAUGAUAGGAAGAAAUGGGAGGAUCUGGUGGCUCCUUUGAAAAAUGGGAAGCAGGGAAGCAAGAUCUUGUUAACAACUAGAAUGAAUUCAGUUGCAGAAAUGAUUGGUAAAGUAAUGGAGAGAACUGAGGAACCAGUGAAUUUGCGAGGCAUAGAAUGGAAUGCUUAUCUCUUACUUUUCAGGAGGCAUGCAUUUGCUGGUGUGAACCCUGAUGAUCAUGGAAAACUUCAACGGAUUGGCGACCCAAUAGCGAAGAAGCUAUGGGGGUCUCCUUUGGGGGCAAAAGUUGUGGGAGGAAUGUUGAAUUCUAACUUGAACUUUGAGUUUUGGAAAGAGGUCUUGGAAAAUGGCGUUUUCAAUUCAAUACAGAAUGAGGACUUCCAGCCAGUACUGAGAUUUAGUUACAUUCAGCUUUCACCACAGCUACAGCGUUGUUUUAGAUACUGUAGUAUAUUUCCCCAAGACUAUCUGUUUGAAAGGGAUGAGUUGGUCCGUAUGUGGAUGGCCGCAGGGUUAAUCCAGCAGUCUGAGGAUAAGAAGAGAAGGCCAGAAGAUAUAGGCUGUGAGUACUUCGAUAGUCUAUUACGAAAAUCUUUCUUCGAUUGGGCUCUCCACUGGGUUGGUACGAAUACCACAUACUAUGUCAUCCAUGAUCUACUACAUAAAAUGGUAUGCUCUGUCUCCAAGGAUGAAUGCUUGGGAGUUGACUACAGCAUGCCAAACCCAAGAGAUAUCCCAACCACCCUUCGUCACUUAUCUAUCAUGGUUGAUGAUCCACUUGUGCUCAGCAAGGUGCCUCGGUUAAAAAACUUGCACACUCUUGUCCUAUGGAUUCAUGGUCAUGAUCGCAGAUGGGAUGUUAUCGUUAAUAAGGUGCUCAAAGGAUUCAAAAACUUGAGGGUUCUGAAAUUAGAGUCAUCUGCCACUUGCAAGCACAGGUCUCUGAAUGCAAUUGGUGAUCUAAAACACCUCCGAUACUUGCAUCUUGACAAGAUUGUUGAUACAACUCCAUUGACUAAAUCAGUGUACAAGCUCUAUCACCUGCAGACCAUGAUCAUUCUAUGCUUGGAUCCUUCUACAAAAAGAAUAGGUGAAGGCAUGAAAAGCCUGAUUAACUUGCGACAUCUGAUCCUGCCGUCGGUAGCAAUUCCCACAAUAGCUGAGAUUGGGAAACUUACUUCCCUCCAGGAGUUGGACAAAUUCCAUGUCAGGGAGGGGAAUGGCUGCAAGAUAGGUGAGUUAAAGCACUUGAGGGAGCUCCGUGGCGAGCUACACAUCAAGAAUCUUGAGAAUGUGAGAAGCUGCGAAGAUGCUAGGGAGGCUGAGUUGCAUAAUAAAGAGCAUCUCCGCAAACUAGUGCUGCAAUGGGAUACAAAUUCGAGUAGCACUUCUGAGGUGGCAGCAAAUGUAAUUGAUGGCCUCCGACCCCAUUUUUGCCUUGCAGAUCUGAAAAUUAUUGGCUACAGUGGUGCUUGUCCUCCAUGUUGGUUGGAAACUCGAUAUCUCGCCAUGCUAGAAUCCAUUACUUUGAGCAAUUGCAAAGAGUUGGAGCUCCUCCCACCCCUCGAAGAGCUGCCUUUCCUCAAGUUUCUAUCUCUUGAAAAUAUGAGGGCAUUGAGACAAGUUGGUCAUCCAUUCCCUAGGCGUAAUAUGGUCACUUCUUUUGGAAGGUUGGAGGUUCUGAAGUUAGGAACAUACAGAUGCUGGCGAGGUGGUCUGGCGUAG